AUGACUGAGAACGGAAACGCUUCAUCUGGAGAUAAAACCAUCCAGGUGCCGGAUUCGUCGCCCGUGGCAGAGUCGCGAAAGUUGCCCUUGGCUCUGAACAGCUUAAGGAACGAGUACUCCUUCAAGCCGGUGCAACCGUCUCAGGAAUCACGGCCAAAACUAUCAUUGGACGUAAAGAAGAACUUUAGUGUUCUUAGGAAGAAGUUCCCAGAGCGCGAAACCAAGGCCAUUUUACAAGCCAUCAAAUUACACCCUAACCUGCGUGAUGCCAGCAAGUACAUUUCAGAGCUACCUCCAGUGGUAAAACCGGCGGUGACGAGCAAUCCGGUGGCGGUUGUGACACCAGUCAAGUCGAAACCAGAGCCGGUGGUGGAUGUUUUAUCAUCUUCACCGGUGAAGACCGAAGACGAUUCGCCGGUGAAGUCCAUGAAGGUUGAUCUCAAAAGACCCGCCCAGUCAAUCACUCAAAAGUACUUCAAAAGGCUUCAUCUCUCGAAUGCGGCCAACGCCAAUGAUGAUCCAUUGGCGUCAGUGUCUUUGCCUAGCUUAUCUGACAAGAGACGCCGUUUGAUCAGAGGGUAUAGACGAUCAUCCUCCUCGGAGUCGGAGCAUGAUCUGAUCAAGGUGCCGUCAACUGAGGCCUCAGCCACCCCCGAAACAACACAGUCGUCGACUGUGGAGAAGAAGCCUGAAAUCCUGAUGAUUGUGGACGAUGACGAAGAGGAGAAUGCUGUUGACGAUGAUUCUGACGAUGAUGUGGUUGAGAUGGGGUACAACGAUGUCGAAGGAUUUGAGGAUAAAGUGUUAGAGUUCCUGAACACUGCUGAGAAGAGAGAUAUUGUUGAUAUUGCUUCCAUCACUCCUGCUAUUGCCAAUGUGUUCAUUGAAAGGAGACCGUUUGUUUCGCUAGAUGAAAUAGAGGACCAGAAUUUCACAGAAACCGAGUUGAAAAAGCCCAAAAAGGGCAGGCGGAAACCAACCGGGCUCAAGAUUGUUGAGAGUGCAACUAACAGACUUCGGGGCUAUAAUGCUGUUGAAUCGCUGAUUUCCAAAUGUUCUGCCUAUAGUGCCUCGAUUACGGAGGAGAUCCAGAAAUGGGGAGUCGGAGUGAAAGGAGAAGAAGGCGAGCUGGAAAUCGUCGAGGUUGACGUUGACUCUGCAGAUGAACUUCCAGAUGAACCUGAUUUGAGUGUAGCUACUGAAGAUGAUCACCAGAGUGUUCUGCUGAAGAGACAGGUUCCAGCCAAAACGAAGCCAGAAGACUCUUCCGACGAAGAAGACUAUGAUGAUGAGGAUGAAGAUGAUGAAGAUCGAAUAGUUGUUAAGCAGACCAAGCGGGAGCGCGGUCAUUACACGGGAUAUUUCAAGAGAAAGCCCAAGCUUCUGGCCUCUUCGUUGGAGCUGAAAGGUUACCAGCAGGUUGGUCUCAAUUGGUUGAAUUUGCUUUAUGAAAAGGAACUAUCAUGUAUUCUAGCAGACGAAAUGGGUCUGGGUAAGACUGUUCAGGUCAUUGCGUUUUUGGCCCACCUGAAACAGAAGGGCUACUCAGGUCCUCAUCUGGUGGUUGUUCCCUCUUCAACGCUGGAGAACUGGCUCAGAGAGUUCCAGAAGUUUUGCCCGGAGAUGAUUGUUCAACCUUAUUAUGGAUCCCAGAGCGAGAGGCAAUCAUUAAGGUACGAUUUAGAAGACUCCUCGACCUACGAUGUACUUGUCACCACCUACAAUCUUGCUACCGGAAACAAAUACGACCAGGCUUUUCUACGUUCUAGAGACUUCAAUGUGGUGGUUUACGACGAAGGUCACAUGCUUAAGAACUCUUCCUCAGAUAGAUACACCAAGCUGAUGAAGAUCUCGGCUGAUUUCAGACUGUUGCUUACAGGCACUCCGCUUCAGAACAAUCUGAAAGAGCUGAUUUCGCUGCUUGCGUUUAUCCUUCCAAAUCUUUUCAAUGCGAAGAAGGACGAUCUCGCUGUGCUUUUUGGCCAGAAAGCCUCUUCCAAGAUCGAAGAGGGGGAGGAGGAUUUCAACCCUCUACUGGCUCAACAGGCAAUUGCUAAUGCCAAAACCAUGAUGACUCCGUUUGUGCUGAGACGUAAGAAGAGCCAGGUCAUGAAACACCUGCCUGAGAAACGCCAGUUUAUAGAGUACUGUGACAUGAUGGAAGACCAGACUGAGAUCUACCAGAAGCAGAUAGAGGUGGUUCGCCAGGCACGUGAGGCUAGAGAGGAACACAGGAAACAAGCCAAGGGUGCUUUGAGCAGAAACGCCUUUCCUUUGAAGGUUCCCAGUGCUGCCAAUCUGCUGAUGCAACUCAGAAAGGCUGUUUUGCAUCCUCUUCUCUUCAGACACAUCUUCGAUGAUGAGACGAUCAAAACCAUGUCGAAACAGAUCAUGAAAGAACCCGAAUAUGUCACUGCCAACGAGGAGUAUAUCUACGAGGACAUGGGAGUGAUGUCGGACUUUGAGCUCCAGCGCCUGUGUCAGAAGUUCCCAAAGACGCUGUCUAAGUUCGAGCUCAACUCGGACGUUUACCUUAGAAGCGGCAAAAUCCAGAAGCUGAAGGAAUUGUUACAUGAGAUAAUCGUUGUUAGAGGUGAAAGACUGUUGCUCUUCUCGCUUUUCACACAGAUGCUGGAUAUUCUAGAGUCUGUGCUGAGUGUUCUUGGAAUCAAGUUCCUGAGACUAGAUGGACAGACUGCUGUUGAGACGAGACAAGUUAUCAUCGACAAGUUUUACUCGGACGAAGAGAUCCCCGUGUUCCUGCUUUCAACCAGAGCUGGAGGUUUUGGUAUCAAUCUGGUGUGUGCAAAUAAUGUUAUUAUCUUUGACCAGUCGUUCAACCCACACGAUGACAAGCAGGCUGAGGACAGGGCCCACAGAGUGGGGCAGGAGAAGGAGGUGAACGUUUAUAGACUAAUCACGCGCAACACUGUUGAGGAGAACAUCUGGUCUCUCGCCCAGAACAAACUUCAACUUGACAGCAGUAUGAGCGGUGAUGGCGAGGACACAAAGUUUGAGGAGCGUGCGGCCAAGAUGGUUGAGGGAAUGUUAUUCAAGGACGGGGAUGUGGCUGGUGGGGUGUCGGAGGUUAAGGAGACAGAGGUUGUAGAGCUUGACUGA